AUGCAUCUGGCACUGAUUGCGUACGUUGCGGUUGCCGGUUGCCCCAGAGUGCGUUGUUAUUUAAAAAUGGCGCACGUUUUCGAGUUCGCCUUGAUUUGCUGAAACGAUUCCACGAAAAAGAAUGAACGAGGGGACUUUGGAGAAUGCGAGCUCGCUCGAGAAGACGGCGCGGAGGCUCACCGAUGAUAUACAAAGCAUGUCGAAUUAUAGGGCGCUUUACAAUGAGAUACAAAAACUUGUCGCGUCAUCCAUCGUGAACAAAGACGAUUUUAAGAACUCACUGGUCGCAGCACUUAAAGAUAAUGGUCUGGAGACUGAAAUCAGAAACACGGUGUUUCACUGGACACGAUCACGGGGUUCGCUGCAUUCUAGAUCAGUUUCACACAUACAGGCAGCUGACCUGGGCUACCUAAAGAAGACUCAGAUUCAAUGGGAACGACGUAUACAGAAGUCAUUAAAUUCAACAUGCAGUGAAUUGAACAUUCCAUUGGCUCGUAUAAGAUCCACUACUGAUAGGGACGAACUGGCUGAAAAGUGGAAUGAAUUGAGCACUUAUGAUAUGGAUUUAUCACAAUAUCGACCACUGUAUGCACCAAAGGACUUUCUAGACGUAUUGUUCUCCAUACGUGAUCCUUCAUUCAAAAAGCAACUAGACGAAUUAAAUUGGGAUUUUAGUCAUAUACAGAUUAGUGUAAAAACGCUUGCGCAAUUGAGACGUAUGUAUUCAGAAUUAUCACAGGGACUGCCAUUACUAGGAAUAAAUCCUGAUAUGCCGGCCACAGAAGGUUUCCCAAAUUUGGAAGCCGAGCGAACGCACAUUGGCGAAAAAGUAUUAAACUCGAAUCAUGCUCCAAUUGCACAGGAAUUUCUUAAAAGAGGAUCUCCUCGAGCUUUACGAGGUCGUAUUUGGUCACUCGUUCUCGGAUCUGUUAUCAAAGAUAAUGAUAUAGAAUAUUACGAGGAAUUAAAAAAUAUGGUUUUACAAUAUGAUAUUGUGAUAGACAAGCUGAUAAUAAUGGAUGUACAAUUAACGGCGAGAAACGACGAUCAAUACUUUGUAUUUGAAGAUGUUUUGUAUAAGACAAUGUUGUGCUUUUCGAGAGAUUCGGAAAUACUUGCCCCAGUCACAACUGACAGAAGUGCCGGGAGUCAAGUGAUCCACGCGGUUUUGCAAGGCAAACCAGCGACACUGGAAAAUACUUUGGUUUUUCCACCAAGUGGUGUUAUUCCGUUCCAUGGAUUUACAAUGUAUGCUACGCCAUUUUGUUAUUUAUAUGAUGAUCCCUGCGCUAUGUAUUAUACUUUCCGUGCAUUCUACUUGAGAUACUGGUUCCGUUUGCACACUGUAUCAAGUCACGAACAAGGUAUAGUUGCUCUCUGCUUACUUUUUGAACGAUUACUGCAAUGCCAUGAACCGCAGUUGUGGGCUCAUUUCAAAAAUAUACAUAUUCAACCCAUAAAAAUAGUCUUCAAAUGGCUUAUGAGAGGCUUCAGUGGUCAUUUACCGCCUGAACAACUGUUGUAUCUUUGGGAUUUAAUUCUUGGUUAUGAUUCUUUGGAAAUUAUUCCACUAUUGGCAGUGACAAUAUUGAGUUUUCGAAAAGAAAAUUUACUGCAAGUUAAUACCCAACAGAAUGUAGAGGCUGUGUUAGCAGACUUAUCUUCACUAAAAGUAAUGCCUUUGCUGCAGUUGGCUCUUCUAAAAGAAUAA